AUCCGGUGCGCGAUGACGUGAUGAGGUGAAAGCACCAGGGUGUGUUUGGUGAAGCUGCUGGAUUAAGUGUGCGCGUCGGGCGGAGGGGUGGAGCCGCAGGGUGGGGUCACACAGAGGCGGAGGAGAGAAGCGGAGAGAGAGACUCUGAGCCCAACCCUGAACACCGCAACAAACACAGCUGCUGGAACCGAACGGCACAACGAGCCGCACAGAACCAACCCAACCCGGACAUUAUUAUUAUCCUCAUCAUCAUCUCCCCACACACCAGGGCCGACAUGAUCAACGAGGCUCUCUGAGACCAAAACCGACCUUUCGCUUUUAAUCAUCACAAAGCUGGAGCUUAAAACAAACAAACAAACAAAAAAACUUGUUAUUGAAAUCCAGCAGCAGAACCAGAACCAGCCCGCUGCACUGCACUCCAGCCCAGCCCGCGGACCGCUGCACCCCGAUACCGACAUGCACACGGAGGCUCGCAAUAAGAAAUGCCAGCCGAAUCCUGAGAAAUCCAACGCCGCUACCUCAGAGCCCUCCGAGGAGAUGCCAUCCAUACAGAUCAAGCCUGAGCCAGAGGAGGUGGAGUGCACGGUGAAGCAAGAGCCCGAGGAUGAUUGUCCAGAGCCGACGGACCUGAAGCUGAAGUCCUCUCCCCCUCCUCUCUGCAUCAUCAGCACCCACACGGCUGAUGCUGACCAGACCGAGCCCGUGGACCUGUCGCUUAACAAGCCCCGCCCCUCGCUACCUGUUGCGGCCACGCCAGUCAAUCCUGCGCCAGUUACGGGCGGAAUCAGCACCAGUACCACCCUCCCGGCUGUCCUGGCAUCCCCGGGCUCUAUUCUAGCCUCGACACAGGGCGUCGGAGGACAACAGAUCCUACACGUUAUCCACACCAUCCCCUCAGUGAACGUCACGGGUAAAGUGGGCCAGCUUCAGACCAUCCCUGUGGUGGUACAGUCGUUGCCUGUGGUCUACACAGCUGUGCCUGCUGACGGAGUGCCUGCUGCUGCCGCCAUCACCGUGCCACUCAUUGGCACAGAUGGCCGCUCGGAAGGGUCAGUGAGAAUUAAGCCCGGCUCGACGUCUCCAGUGGAGUACCAGAGUGACAGUGAUGCAGAGAGCGGCACGGAGUCCGGAUCGGCUUCGUUCAGAACGCAGAGCAUGGACAACAGCUUAAGCACAGACGUGGACAUCCAGGCAGACCCCGACUCGCCCGAGAUGAAGAGACGACGAGUGCACAUGUGUGACUACGACGGCUGCAACAAAGUGUACACCAAAAGCUCUCAUCUGAAAGCUCACCGCAGGAUACACACAGGAGAGAAACCGUAUCAGUGUACGUGGGAGGGCUGCACGUGGCGCUUCGCCCGCUCCGACGAGCUAACGCGUCACUUCCGCAAGCACACAGGCAUCAAGCCGUUCCGCUGCACUGACUGCGACCGCAGCUUCUCGCGCUCCGACCAUCUCGCCCUUCAUCGGCGCCGCCACGUCAUGAUGUGAACCCGGCUUCGCAUCAGCUUCGGUUUAGCCCCGCCUUCUCUCCACAUAUUUACUCCUCAGGAGACUCCUCCUUCUCCUCUUCCUCCUCCCCCCAGAAAGGGCUGAGAGAACUGUGAAGCUGUCCCUUCCUUCCUCAGAUCCACAUACGAUGAAGAUGACGCAGCACGUCUUCGGGAUUCUUCUCCCACAAAGUCCCGUUAAAUAAAUGAAUGAAUGAAUGAAUAAAUAAAUAAAUAAAUAUCCGCUCAUCCGUCCAGUCCUCACUGAUCCCAGGUUACAUGGUUUAUUUCGACGCUCGCUUCAGCAGAGGAGCUGGACCAGUGGGACAUACUGCUGCGAACAGACUGAAGGCUGUGGGUUUGUCUGAACCGGUCCCCAUGAGAUGAGAUGAGCAGAGAAGAGAAGAGCGAGACCAGGAGAGGGCACGAGACGAGAACCGAAAUGUUUUUGACGACGAGUUUACAAAAGUCUCUUCUGAUCACUUGAUUUGUAGGUUUUACCUGAACAUUUUAAUCUUUUUAGACUAUUUUUUUUUCUUUUUGGUUUGCAUGAACUAGCUCUGUUGUGUUGAGGUGUUUUGAAUGUUUGUGUUGCUGAAUGCUGAACUUUCACUUUUUUUUUUUUCCUUCUUUUUAAAGUAAGUCCUACCUGCUAUUUUAUGAACAAAUAUUUAGGAGUUCACUGUUCUGUCUUUAUCAACUAUCUACCCUACACCACCUGAGCGUUAGAGAGCUAAAACUGUGAAUUAAAUUUUUUUUUUCUUAAAAGAAAUAAGAUUUUCUCAGAUUGGAUAAUUCUUUUAAUUUUUCGUAGUUUUUUUUUUUUUUGAGAGGUAAGAUCAAUUCCUCACUCCAAGGUUUUCAACAAGCUAGGAAGUUCCUGAACUUGUGAAGUUGAUGGAGUUUUGUGCUCGAAUAUCGCGAUGGAGCAUCUUCCACAAAAACGGAUUAAAAAAAAACCCAAAAAAAAAAAACCCAACAAAAAUAUAUUUGGCUUGGUAACAGUAUUUAUAUUAUUAUAAAUAUAUAUAUACACAUAUAUUUUUAAAAUCCUUUGUGUUGUGCCAGAGUUGGCAUUUGAUAUAAUUAAUGAUAUAAUUAAAUAUGAUUUGUUGGAUGUGCUUUCUCACAUGAGGCUGUGAAAGAAAAACAAAUGUUCAUCCAAAUGGAAUUAGGAUAGGAAAUGGUGUGCUUGAUAACCGUGUGUGUGUGUGUGUGUGUGUGUGUGUGUGUGUGUGUUUCUAAGAAACAUAAUCAGAGUUUUAAUCGUCGAGGUGUGUGUUCUAGGCACAUGUUGUUCACGCCCGUCAGCGCCUUAAUUGAAGUAAAUGUGCAACUCGUGUUUUUGCGCAUCUCGUUCGUCGGAGUUCCUCAGGGUUCUGGGUUGGGACCCCUCAUAAAGUAAGGCAACAUUUUAAACAAAACCAUCUUUAUAUCUACGUAGAUCAACAAUAACCACUUCUCAACGGAAUAGUUUAAGCUCCAGCCCUUGUUUCACUCGAUUAUGCAAAAGUUUUCACCCCCUCUUGACCUUUUUGCGAUGUUUAGUUUAAAAGCUUAGAGCACAGUCCCCUUUGGAGAGGAAUACCCCCCUGAUUUCCCCCCCCCCCUUCUUCCUCCUCCCCGACCUCUUCUCUAUAUUCCUUCACGCUAGCACUCGCAGUCAUGGUCAUAAUUUCAGCAGCUAGCAGUUUAUCGAGAGGUGCGUUCUACCUUUUCGUUGUUUUCCGAAGCUAUAAACGCAGCUUAUUCGCAUCCAGCCUUUGAAGAGUUGACCGCAUGUUCGCAAAAAGGAAAAAAAAAAAAAAAAACAACCAAGCGAAAGUUAAAAUCUUUGAUCCAGUGCAAUUUUCAGACGUCAGAAUUCUCUUUGCUUCAACUCUAAACCUUAAGCACAUCUUUGUAGAGACGUAUAUGCAUUCGAUUGCGAUCCUUUUUCUUUUUUUUUUUAUAAACUGUUCAUAGGCAUACAGACAAUUAUAAAUAAUUAACAAACACAUGUACAUAUUGUAUAUAAUCAAAGUUCUGAAUAAACGUAACGGGUGGAUUUCUAUUUUUAACACUGACUAGACAAUGUGAAAUUUUUUUUGUUUUUUCCCUUCGUUGGCUCAACAAUGUGUUCCUGUAUUUUUUAUCCCUUUUUAAUCUGACGUGUCGUAACUCUCUCUCUUUUUUCUUUCUUUUUUUUUGUGUUGCAUGGACAGAAUUUCUUUGUGAAGUUGCUGAGCAUGUCAGUGUGUCAUGUCGGUGCCCUGACAAACGUGGCCUGUAAGCACUGAUGAUCCAUCUACGAUACAGUGUGGCAUUUUUUUCUUGUGCAAUUAAAGCCAUUUUUUGCACGUUUUUAAAAAAAAAAAGCAAAAAAAAAACGAACAGCUACUACCUGACUUUUUAGUUACACUCUCUUUAUAGAUAGGCACAGUACUAAAGCGACGUAAAGGAAAAAAAGAAACACCUUUUGAACAAACUAAACGUGCGUCGUCUCAGUUCCGUGCAACAGAAAUGCCAUCGGGAACCUCAAGUAGGAAGUUGUGGAGAUAAAUUUUAUUUUAAAAUCGAUGAAUUUAUGACCAUCUAUAUUUUACGUCCCGUGACUGAAAUCUUUUCAAGCAUGUUUAUUGUUUUCGGAAUAAAUAAAUAAAUAAAUAAAAAAACACAUACACGUCAUGAUUUAUUGGGUUUGGUUUGCGUGUGUGUGCAAGCGUGUUUAUCAUAAAUCAUACUUUUUUUUUUUUUCCUUUUAAAGGUCAGAAUCAUAGGUAUUUUAUAUUGAAUGCAGUAACUUAUGGGCCAGUACUAUAUUACUCAGUGCAAUGCAGUUAUCAUUAUAAUAAUAAUACAAGUAAUUAAUGUUAUUUCUUUUGUAUUUGUACAGAACAAAUGUGUAAAGAACAGUGAGGCGAACACAAGCUUUUUGAUACUGUGAGAAAUGGUGUUAAAAGUCAGUUUCCCCUGUACAGUUGUGAUUAUCUACACCUUUUAUAGAAUAAAGUGGGUUUUUUUGUUUUGUU